UCCAUCAACUAUGACGCUGGGUUGUAAUUUUUAGAAUAUGAUUAUUCAAAGGUGGCAAAUUUGACGUUCUUUUUACCCGUGGUUUCCCACCGAUGUAAACAUUGCUUCGGUGGUGCCCGAAAGGAAUUCGUUGCACCGUUCAAUUGUCGUUUUCGCCACCAUGAAGACCAUCAUUACUUCACAAACCGUUGACAUCCCCAUGGGGGUUGACUGCCGAGUGAAAAGAAGGGUAUGCACUGUUAAGGGACCCCGUGGUAUGCUCACGCGUUCCUUCAAGGACAUGAAAAUUGACAUGAAGGCAAUCACUUCAAAGAAGGGUAAGAUUACUGUAAAUGUGGAGAAGUGGUACGGAAACCGCAAGGAGGUAGCUGCCGUGAGGACUGUUUGCAGUCACAUUAGUAACAUGGUUACUGGUGUCACAAGGGGCUACCAAUACAAAGAUGCGUGCUGUAUAUGCUCACUUCCCAUCAACUGCGUCAUCUCCAACAGCGGGAGCACUGUUGAAAUUAGGAACUUCUUGGGUGAGAAAUACAUCCGCAAAGUGAAUAUGGAGCCCGGUGUCAGCAUUGCAGCUUCUCCCAAGCAGAAGGACGAGUUCAUUGUGGAAGGCAAUGACAUUGAGAAGGUUUCCCUGUCUGGUAAGUGCUGUGUGACAUUACGUUUGAAUCUUGUCCAUUUAGUGUGCUUGAGGGUAAGAAUAAUUUUUUAAACA